AUGUUGAGAACAAUAGAAUCGAAAGAACAGAACUUAUUUUAUGUGAGCAUGAAGUUAAACAUAAUUUAUGUUAUUGUUAAUCUUCUUUAAUCAAUAUCAACUUAACUCUAGUUUUAUAAUUUUAAUUCUUUGAUAAAAGUUACUUCAUUACUUCAAUGUAAUUUUGAGAAAUGCAACUCAGUUCAAGAUACAUUGGAUUAAUUGUCAGCUCCAGAUGCAAGGAAAGGAAUAGUUUGCGACAAUAUGACAACCAUUUAAGUUAAUUUGAGAAAGUGA